AUGAGCGGAGAGAGACGUGAGGAAAAGCAGCCAACAGCUCCAUACAGCUCGCCCCAGGGCUCCUUCACUGAGCAUCAAGAGGAAGCAGAAGACGAGCACGUGUGGACUGAGCAUGCGCAGUCUCCAGUGUUUACAUGGAAAUGUUCUCGGUCAGAGAUGGAGACUGCCCUGGGUGAUCAGCAGCAGCAGCAGCAGCAGCAGCAGCAGGAGGAGGAGGAGGAUGUAGGAGCAGAGGGGGCCAUGCUCUGGUCCCUGCAGGAGGCCCUGGAGAGGCAGACCCUGCAGAUCGGGGCCUCUGCGUGUGGAGCCACUGCUGUCGUGGACGUGCUGAAGGCCCUGGACAUCCACGUGGCCCCAGAGGACGUGGAGCGCUGUGUGAGGACCAGACAGAGGAGAAACGAGGCCCCUCUGCCCGACUACCUGCUGUCCAGAAGCCAAGCAGGGGCCACUCAUGCCCAGCUGAUCUCCGGGGCAGAGGCGGCCAGCGAGGGGCGGGUGGUCGGCCGUUUCUUCCACAUGUUUCCUGCUCGCCGCGUGGCCCUGUUGCGCUGGCUCUGCCGCUGGCUGCGCAGAGGAGCUGUGCCUGUGGCCACCAUGAACAUGCAGAGGGCGGUGCCCGAGGGCGAGGAGGUGCCCGACGCCUGGCACCAUCAGCUCGUCUUCGGAGUCGCACUCGACGCCAACGCUGUCUUCAUGACCAACCCCCUGGACGUGGAGAGACAGUCGGACAUGCUGGAGCGUCUGUGCAGUGACUCCGUGCUGUUGGUCCGCAGAAAAGACGUGCUUCAGCGUCUGUCCCCAGGCUGCUCUUUAUCUGAACUGUCUCAGGACCCAGACCCACGAUGGACCUCUCUGGACGUACUGGGGCAGGUGAAGCGAAUGGUGGAGGAGCAGGAGCAGGUUUCUCCUUCACACAUUGUUAUCCCUGCUGCGUACAAAUCUGGGAUCACUCUGUUCGCCCUGCGCCACUCGCCAACGGGACAAGAACUCCUCGACAGCCCUGAACUGCCGCUGCUCUGA